GCUUGAAAAUAAAACACCUUUCAACACAGACACACCAAUAUCUAAACAUUUCAGAACAGCGUAGAUAGAAGAACAAAAUAAUAAACUAUCUUUCAACGAUAUAUUUGACUGACAAAACAUCAAGGUGCAAGCAAGCAUUUAAAAUAUUUAGCUAACAUUCAGCGAAAUCCUGAACUUUCACUGUUCGAAAAACUCGAGAACAGACUGUACCAUUUGAACGAGCUAAAGGGGUGUCUCGUCCAAGCCACCAAGUCCCGCCUCUGUGUGGAUCCUGGAAGAGAUUUGGGGAUAUAAAAUCAAGGAACUCUGUUAUGCAGCACUUUUGAGUUAAUCUCGUGAAUGUCAUCAACUUCAUGACACAUUAAUUAGCCCCAUGUUCUAAUCACGCGCAAACAAGAGAGAGCACUUGUGUCUCACUGCAACCUCAAAAUAAUUCCUCACCCAGUCUCUCUGGCACUUCUGCUGGUAGCGCGAGCCACACAACGCAGCCAUGGACGGCGACGAUCAGCGCGCGCUACAGUAUGAACAAACUUUGAUGUAUGGUCGCUACACACAGGAGUUGGGGGCGUAUGCUAAAGAAGAGGCAGCUCGCCUGAGGGAGGAGGGGGGUUGGAGGCGCUCGGUCAAAGAACGCUCACGCUCCCUGGAACUUCUGGAGUACGACAAGGGCCGCUGUGCCAAGUGUCGCAUCUGUACGGUGCGCUGUCAGAAGUUCCUCAUCUCUCGUGUUGGUGAAGACUGGAUCUUCCUCAUCCUCCUGGGUCUACUGAUGGCUCUGGUCAGCUGGGUGGUCGACUUCGCUAUUGCCAUCUGUCUACAAGCACAGAAGUGGAUGUAUGGAGGCCUGGAGAGUAAUGUGUUUCUCCAGUACCUGGCCUGGGUCACCUACCCUGUGGUGCUCAUCACCUUCUCAGCUGGCUUCACACAGAUACUGGCCCCACAGGCCGUAGGUUCAGGUAUCCCAGAGAUGAAGACCAUUCUGAGGGGUGUUGUGCUGAAAGAAUACCUCACCUUUAAAACCUUUGUGGCCAAAGUCAUCGGUCUCACCUGUGCCCUCGGCAGUGGCAUGCCUCUGGGCAAGGAGGGUCCGUUUGUUCACAUUGCCAGUCUGUGUGCUGCACUCCUCAGCAAAUUCAUGUCUCUGUUUGGUGGAAUCUACGAGAAUGAGUCAAGGAACAUUGAGAUGUUGGCAGCUGCCUGUGCUGUGGGGGUGGGCUGCUGUUUCGCUGCCCCUAUAGGAGGUGUGCUGUUCAGUAUUGAGGUAACGUCUACGUUCUUUGCGGUGAGGAAUUACUGGAGAGGGUUCUUCGCUGCCACCUUCAGUGCCUUCAUCUUCAGAGUCCUGGCCGUGUGGAAUAGAGACGAGGAGACCAUCACAGCUCUGUUUAAAACCCGUUUCCGUCUGGACUUCCCUUUUGACCUCCAGGAGCUCCCAGCCUUCGCUGUCAUUGGUAUUGCCAGUGGUUUUGGCGGAGCGUUGUUUGUCUACCUGAACAGACUGAUAGUCCAGUUCAUCAGGAAACAGAAGACCAUCAACAAGUUCCUCAUGAAGAAGCGUCUGCUGUACCCAGCCCUGGUCACUCUGCUGGUGUCUACGCUAACCUUUCCCCCCGGCUUCGGACAGUUCAUGGCAGGCAAGCUGACCCAGAAGGAGUCCCUGGUGACGUUGCUGGAUAACCGGACAUGGGCCAAGCAGGGUAUAGCUGAGGGGUUUGACUACAUCGGCAACUCCCAGGCCUGGAAUCACCCCCAGGUCAACGUCUUCGUCACCCUCGUCCUCUUCAUCGUCAUGAAGUUCUGGAUGUCUGCUCUGGCUACCACCAUCCCUGUGCCCUGUGGAGCCUUCAUGCCUGUCUUCGUCAUUGGGGCAGCGUUUGGCCGUCUGGUCGGGGAGAGCAUGGCUGCCUGGUUCCCUGAUGGCAUCCACUCUGAUGGCACCAUCUACCCCAUAGUGCCAGGAGGGUACGCCGUUGUGGGUGCGGCGGCCCUGUCUGGAGCGGUGACCCACACGGUAUCGACGGCGGUCAUUGUGUUUGAGCUGACGGGUCAGAUCAGCCACAUCCUGCCGGUGAUGAUAGCGGUGAUACUGGCCAACGCCGUGGCCCAGUCCCUCCAGCCCUCACUAUAUGACUCCAUCAUCAGGAUCAAGAAACUACCUUACCUCCCUGAGCUGGGCUGGGGUCACCACGAGAAGUAUAAUAUUCGUGUGGAGGACAUCAUGAUCAGGAAUGUGAUGUACAUCACCCUCAACUGCUGCUACAGAGACCUGCAUGAUGUACUACUGUCUGGACACCUCAAGACCCUAGCCCUGCUCGAGUCCAGUGAGUCGAUGAUCCUGCUGGGUUCUAUUGAGCGUGCCCAGCUCCAGGCCCUCCUGUCCCUACAGCUGGGCCGGCCACGGAGGCUGAAGUACCUGAGAGACCGGGCUACUGCUGAGAAGAAGCGCCUGUCGAUGGUCUCCCACCCGGGCAGCGAGGAUGGCUUCCAGAGGGUUAACCAGGAGGUCCGGUUCCAGAUCUCCACAGAGGAGUCUUCCUUCAGUUCCACCCCUACCCCCUCCAUGAAGCCACUGAAGCCGGCCCUGAAGAGACCCUCUGUGGUGGACCGGCCUCCUGAGAUACCCAUGCCCACAAGUCCCCAGGACCACUCUGGCAACACCUUAAAGAAUCUCUUCUGUGUCAACCCUGAGACAGAAGGCCUGGAGGAUGACUUGGAUGUGGAUGAUGACAUGACCAUCAGAGAGAUUGCAGAGUGGGAGGAGAAGCAGCUUGACGAGCAGGUGAACUUUGACAACUGCAAGAUCGACCCCGCCCCCUUCCAACUGGUGGAGCGCACCUCGCUACAUAAGACCCACACCAUCUUCUCUCUGCUGGGGUUGGACCAUGCCUACGUCACCAGCAUUGGACGACUCAUCGGAGUGGUGUCCCUGAAAGAGCUGCGGAAGGCCAUCGAGGGUUCUGUGGCGGUGAAGGGGGUGAAAGUGCGCCCCCCGCUGUCCAGUUUCCGGGACAGCGGCACCAGCGGCACCAGCAGCAGCAAUAGCGAGAACGAAGCCACAGAGCUCCACAAGCUGUGGGACCGCCACAAGUCCAUGCCCCUCCCCCGGGAGCACCUGGCCUCCGACUCUGAUGAGAAGUCCCAGUGAGGGGGAUGGGGACAGGGAGAUGGGGACAGGUUUUUGGGACAGGUAUAUUGGAUGGGGAUUGGGACAGGUAAAUGUAGACAGGUAUAUUGCCGAGGAGGGGAGGAGUAGGGUGAGCAUUGCCCCCCCCCCACACUUAAAAACCACAACCCACACUUAAAAAGCUGCAACCUCAUAGCUUGGAUCAAUAUUUAAUUCUGGACUAUAGAGUUCUCUCCUGUUACUCCUCUCCUAACCUUCCUCUCCAUCCCUUUCUCCUUUACCCCUCCUCCCGGUUGGCCUUUGGGCCCUACACUUACUCAGCUCUUAUGGAGGAGGGAUUGACUCACCCUGCGCUUGGCCCAACCAGAACAGAAUAGAUCUGUGUGUUAGGGAGGGGAGAGGAGGGAUGGGUUGAGGUGUCACUGCUUAACAAAGGUGGUCAGAGCACAAUGUAUAGAAUGUGGUUUGACUGUAAAAGGGAUUGCAUUUUCUUUUUUUGCCAAUUUUGGUAUUGGUGAGGAAAUGUUCAAAGUUUGUUUGCGUUUUGUGGACCUGUUAACGUUUCUUUCUGACCAGUCUUCCAUAUGCAGACAGUUCAACAGUGAUAAGAAGAUAGGCUUGUGUACUGGUAUGGAUGUGAGUGUAUGUAUUGAGUGCAUGGACGUAUUGGUUUGUAUGUAUUUACAUGAAGAAGGUAGCGAAACCAACCACCUGCUUUAAUUCCUUUGUGAUUUGAAUCUUCUUAUCAGACACAUUUCAGUCUUAUCAUUUCAGCUGUGUUCUAGUUUGUUCCCAUCUGUCUUAGUGACCUGGAAAUAAGUAGCCUAGUGGUUAGAGCGAUGGGCCAGUAACCGAAAGGUCGCUGGUUCGAAUACCCGAGGCAACAAGGUGAAAAGUCUGUAUCUUUGAGCAACACUUAACCCUAAUUUGCUCCAGGCGUGUCAUACUACUCUGGCUGACCCGGUAAAACAACACAUUUCCCUGCAACUAUCUGGUGUAUGUGACAAUAAAAUGUCCAUUUUUUUUUUUUCA